AUUCCUGCAGACAAAGUAGUACAGAUGGUGCAAGCUGACAAAGAACAUGAAGAGGAAACUUUAGAUAACAGCAUCGUCCCAGACUCCCAACCUGUGAGAAAGGGAAGCUCGUAUUCACCAGCUCCCUGGAGCUUGAACUCUAGUAAAAGGAGAAUCUCGGUAUCUGGAUCACUGCUGACUUGGCAAAAAGACUGCUAUAAAAAUGGCACUAUAUCAGAUGGUAGCUCUCAUCCCCCUCCUCAGCGUCUGUCCCCGGCACAGUGUGCAUCCAGAGCUCUGAACCAGAAGCAGCUGCACACCCAGCUCACUCAGAGAUUGGAGGAGGUGCUGAGGGAGCAGCAGGGUACAGAUGGCCGUACAGCCCAGAGAGGCUCCUCACUGGAGCCCAGGACUGCAGGUCAAGAGAAACGAAACAUGGAGAAAUCAGUGAAGUCCGUGCCUGCUAGACCUGCACAACAGAGAAGGAAGAGUAGUGAAGUUCAGGGUGACGCAUCUGACCAUGAAAAUAUGGCACAUGCUGCAGAUGGUAUGGUGAAAAUGAUAUCCAGUCAUUAUAAGAGACCUGCCAAAGCAUCAUCCCAUGAACCUGGGGUCGAGUUAAAUAUCGCAUCUACAAACAGAAACCUGCUCAAUAAGAGCUGCUGUCCAUCCUCCACUGAGAAAACUGGUGUCAAGAGUUCAAGUUUGCACAAAGCACAUGACAGAUCCAAGAAGGAGUUCCAGCAGCUUGAGGAUGUUUAUGCAUUUACAGAGGACACGCCAAAAAUUAGUGUGCGAAAGAAAUCCUCUGAUACAUCCAGAGUGGAAAGCAGUAAUCCUCAGACUCUCUCCAAGUCUGCUAGGAGACCUCAGCUUCCAAAGGCUGCCAAGGCAAAUGUGAACAAAAACCUGUUCAGGGAUACGGACACAGACAACAUGAUGGAGAUUAGCUGGUUAAACUCAGCCAACAGGAAACCCAAGCCCAAAGUGGCAGACUACAGCAGGCAGCCGGUUAAACCUCCAGCUGUCUCUGCAUUUAAGUCGCCAUAUACACCUUUGCCUUCACCAAAGCCAGUGAAAGAACAAAUCAAGCCAAAGCGGAAGAGGCAGAUGAAAAUUGCCGAAACGGAGGAUAAACGGCAGCCAAGCAUCAAUAAUAAGAAAGCCACAGGACGACCUCAGAGAGCUGCAGCCUUGACCAGAACCUACAGAGAGCCGUCUGACUCAGACAACCAGUCCAGCCUGUCAGAAAGCGAAAAAGCACCACCCCCUAAGAAAAAAGCAACUGGGCGAGCAGCCACGCUUCAGCAGAAUGUCCCAGCUCAAGCCACAGAACAAGGGGAAAAGAGAGAGAAAACCUCUGUAGACACAGCCAAACAACAGAGUGAGGAUGUACAGAAAAAGGCAGAGAAAGGCUUUGCAAAGAUUCUGCGAGAUCAGAGGAAUGAUAAAGGCAAGAAGAAGUCUAGUCCAGAGCAUCUCACAGUGAAGAAGACGUCAUCUGCUCAGGAGUCAGCCAGGAGGCAGAAGGAAUCUUGGGCUGCAAGAUUAUCGUCCACAUUUGCCUCGCCUUCCUCCGUUGAGAAGAUGAGAUCAGGUGAAAAACUAACAACCUACUUGAGAUCCAGUGCUACACCUCUCCGUUCUCUGUCCAUCUCUCCAAUUGAAGCCGACUCUCCUCCACUACAGCCUCUCACUUCUCUCAAAGAAAUGCAGGCCUCGUCUCUCUGUAAAACCCCAGGGAGUAAAGGUGCUCUGAAACUGCCUGCUCACUCCAUAACACCUGUUUCCACAACCUCAAGGGGCUCUAAGCGGAAUCCACCUGCUGCACAGGUUGAGCUGAGUCCUGUUCACUCAUUGCUGAUCCCAGCUCAACCCCUGGAGAAAUCCACCCUGCCCUCCCCACGCAUCCCUCCAGACCUCCACGAGGAGCAGAGAGCUGUGAUGAACAAAACCAGCCCAACAUCUUUCGAAAGAAGGUCUGUCAUUUCUGUGACAAUGAGCCAGUCCUCUCACAUAUCCAUGAGCAACAUGGCCCUGAUGUGCAUUGAGCUAGAGAAAACACCUGCAUGCCAGAAAGGAAGUAAGGUUGAGAGACUAGAAUUUAAGUCAGGUCCAACAGACAUCCACAAGCAUCUCACCCUGAGCCACUCCGCUAGUCUUUCAGAGAGAGAAGAGGACAGUGAGGAGGACAAAGAGAAUAAGGCUCCUUCUCCCUCACAGCUAGCUCUGAAAAUGAAGCCCAGGAAGCUGUAUGAGCCUACUGAUAAAUCUUUCUCUCCUAGACACAAUAUUAAACUGCUGAUGAAGGAUCAGAGCAGCUCAGAGGAAGAAGAGGAGGACAUAGUCACAGCGGACAGGAGAAGAAAGAGAAGUUACAAGAAAGGCCUGAAUAAAAGGGCCAAGGAAUCAAUAAUAUCCACUGAGGAAGUGGAGACACUGUCAUCUUGUACGAGGUCCAGUUGCAGGCAUGCCAGUGUGGAGGCAGACAUCGACGUGACCCAGCCUGCUCAGCAGGUGGGCUUUAUCUGCCAUCAGUUCAGCUCAGAGUUUAAGAGGAAGAUCAAGAAUCGCUGCAGGACAAUGGAUCUUUACACCAGGCAGACUUUCAAGACCUUACAGCAGCACAUGUCCUCCGUCAGUGUCCAAGUACAGCAGCACAGUACUCAGAGGCUGGAGAAAGUUAAACAAGUCCUGGUGCGUGAAAUAGCAAACCUGGAGCAAGAUGACAUUGCUUUGAGAAGCAUGGAGGAGGAAUUGAUGACUUACUGGGGAAAGCAGACCUUGGCCUUCCACGCUUACCAGGAGAAAGGAACCAAGAGAUUACAGCAGUUGAAAAGCACCAUUCAGACUGACGUGUGUGAUAGUCUAGAGUAUGAGACACAAAUCUUCUCUGUGGAGAUGUCUUUAAUGAAGAAGAACAUGAAGUCUGUUCAGGAGCAUUUCUUCAAAGAAAUGCAAGAGGAAGAGUUGACGAGUGUGCGAAGAGGUCUGCAAUCUUUGUUUUUCCCUGAUGCAUUGAGGUUCUGACCUAAGGGGAAAAAAAUCUACCGUUUGAAAAUCACUCUGAGCUAAAAUGUGUUUGUAUGCUUAGAUAUCAUUAAUGUUAUGUUCUUUUAAAAUUUUCCUACUCAAAAGGUUGAAUAUUUGUACUUUAUUCCACUUAUUCUGGUCUCUGUGAAAAAAUGGUUGACUGUACGUGGUUUUUGCGCACAUAUUUGCUUGUGGUUUUUAAUAUGAAUAAUGAGUAGUUGUGAAAAGCAAAUAAGUAAAUGUUAUAGGUAAUGUAAGAACAAAUGCAUUUAUUUCAAACAUCCCACCUCAUAAUAAUCAACUUCAGAUUUAUGUGCGCAGAAAUUAAAAGGGAUACUGGAUUCUUAAACCAUCUUAAGUCUAAGAACUUUUUUUGCAUUCACUAGCGAAGGCCUGAAUAAGCAAUACUCAUGGGUUCAGUUGAUGGACGAUGUUGAAAAAUAAAGACAGAAAACUUUACUGAAAGGUUUU